UGAGCUCAUUCCAGUUGUCUUAAUAACAGAGCAGACGUGUUUAGACGCCUAGGACUUUCAGAAUGGAAAGGCAACAACCGAACCACGGUGUAGGAAAUGACGAUGAUGGUGAUGUUGAGGAUACCCCCGAUGAGUUUCCCCCAGAGGACGCUCCCGAUGAGUUUCCCCCAGAGGACACCCCCGAUGAGUUUCCCACAGAGGACACCCCCGAUGAGUUCCUCCCAGAGGACACCCCCGAUGAGUUUCCCACAGAGGACGCUCCCGAUGAGUUUCCCCAAGAGGACACCCCCGACGAGUUUCCCAAAGAGGACACUCCCGAUGAGUUCCCCCCAGAGGACGCUCCCGAUGAGUUCCCUCCAGAGGACGCUCCCCAUGUGCCCGUGCCUGACGCUGUAAGUGCGGAGGGACACAAGAGGCGUCCCCUCCCAGCAGCACUCCAGCGCCAACAGCCAGAAAGGGCGCCUUCCCGAACACAGCCAGAGGACAUAGAUUCCGGGGGUGAGGGUGACUGCAAGAUUGACCUCACACCACCCAGACCACCAGGUCCUCUACCCAGAGAUCUCGAGGUUGCCCCGAAUCGAAGCGAAGUCAGUUUGUAUUCUUCCUCUAGCUCGAGCAGCAGCACAAUCUCUGUCUACUACAUCGAUGAAGUGGACAGAGUUCCACAAGUUGAAUCCGCCGCCGUCUCAGGCAAAUCCAGGAUUCGCCGCAUGGGCAGAGCGAUUCUCAGGGGACUCCGUAUCUUGGCCCGACCAUUCGUUAGCUGCUGUUGCUGCAGCCGCCGCCGCCGCCGCUGAAUAUGCCGUGUUUGUUGACGAGCUGACAUCCUUACAUUGAACAAGAAAACAGCUGAACUCAGUUUCGACACCUUUUCAUUCACAUCGGAAGUAUUUCUAAUUGGAAUAAAUAACUGUAAUUUCAAAUCUCUGACGGAGUCAGGUUCUCGUCCGGAUGAGGUGUCAAGCCAGGAAUUGACCCAAUACCCGGAAGUGGUUGAUCGGGUGACCGAGCUCUGAUGUUCCUCCCCCACCCUCCGACUGUCUGACGAUCCCAACCCCUCCCAAGGAGGAGGACUCGUCGGUCACCUGGUCAAUCUAUCCGGGUGUUGCGUUGUACAGUCCUGAUUGAACUCAUCUGGCGAUAGUCGGGCUUCGUCCUUCAACCUCGAAAUUUAAAUCAUCAUUAAAAUACUCAUGUUUCUGGAACAUUGGCACAUUCUUUCUUCUGGUGGCAACUGUAGGAUGUUAGUUUAGUCAGAUGGCUUAUCCAUCAAGCUACAAUACACGGCGCAUUACGUAGAUCUUUUACAGCUUAUCCAUCAAGCUACAAUACACGGCGCAUUACGUAGAUCUG